UUCUGAAUGCGCAAGUCCGAAUAACUUCAUUCUAUCCACGCCUCUAGUGAAGGCAUUCGUUUUAUCAUUGUAUUUCAUAGAAAAUCUAAAUCAUUUGCCGCAAACAAUGUAUUGUGUUAAUAAGAAUAUUAGGACGCUAUUAAAUAAACUUGUAAUUUGUUAAUAAUGUGCUCCGCCUAACAAAAUAUAUUUAAAGUGACAAUGAAUCAAGCAAAAACAUUAAAUAUUGGUUAAAUAUUGUUGACUAAUUAUGAAACUGUUGGUUAAAAUAGAGUGAGAAAGAAAAUGGGAAAUGACGCACAAGUAGAGAUAACGACGAAUUCAAAUAAUAGCGUAACUGACCGCACAAACGAAAUAAAUAUAACGAACAGAACCGUUGCUAUUUUAGAAUACAAGGGUUUGCUUUGGUCAUGCUCUCUAAGGAAAAUAUGUUUAACUGCCCUUUGGCUGCCACUAGGCGCUUUAAUGUUUUGUUAUGUGACAGCGUCAAUAUUUCAAGCAGAUGAUAUACAUGAAACACAUUGUAGGGUUUAUAAUGUAGUUCCAUCAAUAAGUGCAAUUACGGGAAUCAGCCCACAAAGAUAUAUAUGGAGAAUUUGCAUUGCAUACCACCUUGGACCAAGACUGUUAAUAGGUUCACUAUAUUAUAACUACCAUAAAGAACGGACCUCGUACAUAACCGAAGAAAGGAUGCGUAAUUUAGCAACAAAAUUAGGAGAGGCUUGUUACUGGUUAAAUUUAAUUGAACUAUUUGCUCUCACUGGUGUUACUUAUAUUUCCAAUAGAGAAAACUAUUUCUUACACGAAAAAAUUUUCAUAGUAUUCAUGAUAGCUACUUUGCUGCACAUGCUGUGCCGCGCACGCGUGGGUUGCAUAGGGAAUGACUCCGUGGAGCCAGUGCGCACUAAUAAAAUCGUGUGGAUAUUGUUCUUGGUAGCCAUAGCCGCUACGCUUGGGCUGAUAUUUUUUUUUCUAAGGCACCGGUUGCUAUGUCGGCCACUUGCAUUUACAUGGUUCUCCGUUUGCGAGUACAUCCUCGCGACAGCAAAUAUGGCUUUUCACGCUAUUGUGGUUCGGGACCUUCCAGUACAUGAAUUACAAGUUAUAUGCCCCACUCAUCACAAGACCAAAUAAUUUAUGAGUGAUGUAGUACGAUAGAAUUAAAAUUAUAAAAUAACGGCAAGCGUAUGUUCUUCAAAAAACUUUGAGAGUGUAAAAUACGGGUUUCUUUUACCUGUAUAUUUUAUCAGCUUAAAGUUAAUUCAUGUUUUAAAUUAGUUUAUAUUUAAAACACUCGUGAGCUCAAGUUUUUUGAUAGGAACUCCCAAACUAUAGAGUUUUAUUCUCGCUAAUGAUAAGAAAAAUUAACUACGUUUUACGCUACUCAUUACGCAAACGUUUGGGUAGAAAUUACAAAAUUUGGGUGCCUAAAUAAUAGUUGGACUUAUUUUAUAUUAAAACGAAUACUACUGGAAUAUAUAUACUAUUAUUACGAAAUAGUUAAGCAUUAUUAUUCGAUAAAUAAGUAUUAUGUAUCA